UGCAUACUGUAUUCAUUCUACUUCCAAAUCGCAUCUCCGGCCCCAGACGGAAGCCCUCGCGGAGACAACGGUAGCUUGUUGCGCGGUGUGCAGGCGUUGUGGCCGCGGACAGCUCGCAGCGCGAGCAUAUCACCGUAUUUCAAGGAACACUCUCACCUGACUGACUCGGCUACCCCUGAGGCAUGUUGUGUUGAAGAAACACCUAUGCAGGUGGAUCCUACACUAAUGAAUGUAGGGGAUGGAGGCACUGUGAGCAGAGAGAUCAGUGCUCCAAAUAAAGCGUCUGCUAGUAUGGUGGGAAAUCCCCCCCAGACGCUACCCCCUGAGUUCAGAGGGGAUGUUACCCUCAGUCAGCAAAACAAGACCACACCAUCAACAGACUGUAAGGCAGCAAAAGCCUGCCUGGACACUAGCAAUUACAACCACAGCCCUGAGCUGUCCCCACCUCAACAGCUCAACAAUGCACCGACGGCCGGCUCAGAGAAGAGAGCAGACAAAAGGGCAGAGGCCCCUAAACUCAAGGCGGAUGGUGCCGGGGUCUGCCCCGCUUCCCAGUGGUCCGGCGGCGUUAAAGUCGGCCGGGACGGCUCACUCAGCCCCUGUCACAGCAAUGUGACGUCCGGUAAGAAUAAGAAAUCGCACCCGCAACCACAAUCCGUGCAAAGUGUGCCGCCUGCGUUUCAGUGCUCCGCCAAGUUUAAACCAGCCCAGCCUGUCACCUUCCUCCCUUCCACUAAUUUCCCCUCUCCACUUUGUAAAAUCACUCUUCCACCAGCAUUGGGUCAGAUUGCAGCAUUGAGAGAAGCCACAGCCAGCCAGUUUCAGAAAGAAAUUCAGCCUCAGAGCUCCGGCGUCGGGGGGGCCCCCCUCAUGAGGACCUACCCCUAUCCGUUCUCGGUGGGCAGGACUCCAGCCGCAGAGAAGAAAGCCGGCACGUCGUCGGCGAAACUUAAAUCUAACCAUUCAUCUAUUAAGAAUUCCAAAUCUACGGGGGAGCAGAUAUCGUUAGCCUCAGUGGUGGCUUCAGCAGCUCUCGCCCUACCAUUGCAGCACCCUUCAUUAACUCCUGCAGCACCCACCCGCUACACGCUGUCUCCCACUGCUGCCAUUUGCUGUGGCUCUGCACUGGCCAGCAUCACCUCCCAGAGCAGACUGCUGAACCACGUGGAGAAAAGCAACAGCAUAGACAAGCCAACCAUGGGCUCUCUUAAAACGACGCCCCCCUCUGCUUCAGAGGACCAUACAGCGUGUUCCGCUGAACCGAGAGAUAUACCACUUGAUUUAUCUGCAAGAUCGAAACGUCCAAAAUGCAUAAAUGACCCUCCAGUUCCGACGAGCGAGUCUCACAAUAAUGAGUCAAAUCAGAGAGAUUUCCUUAACUCACAGAGGGCUCAUUCUGCGGCGUUUAGCUCAGCUGUGCAAUACCCUAUCUUACCAAACACCCACAGAAAUGGAUCCCAUCAAAAGCAAUUAAAUAGGCCUCAGAAUCACCAGGUCCAGGAGUCCAAACCAACCUGGGGUAAGGGAUCUUCACAAGACUCCAUAAAAAACAUCCCUGGAACAUAUGUUGGUGUGGCCAGCCCGAUACUGGCUUCUACUCUACGGGGCAAAGACGGAAAAGGGACUUUUGCCGAUGAAUUUCAGAGUUUUGCAAAGCAGGAGUUUAUAUCUAUAAUUGACCAAGGAGAGCAUCUGGCAUCAGGAGGAAAGAAGCCAUCCUGUCUGAUGAAGGGCACCCAACAUGCUCACAGUGGCAAGCAUGUUAAAAACACCAGCAUAGCCAUAACCAAGAGCUGUCCCUCUAAAGGCGCCCUAACUACCGCCCUGUCGAGCUCUGCCAAUGCUCACACUCCUCAGAAAUCUGGAGCUGGCAAGGCAGCGGUGCCACACUCCGCCAGUGUUGUCAGUCCGGCGUGGCAGCAGCCCCCUGAUACGCCGCACCAAGCCGCGCCUGUUAAGAGGAAAAUCCCACGAGGAUCUCCAAAGACGAAGGGCACCGCAGCGUCCGAGGGAUCUACGGCUCAGAGCGCCUACCGCAGCCCGACCAACCCGGAGGAUGAUAAGUGGGAGAGGAUGAAGUCUCCUCUGUCUAACCUCGCGUCCAUCGUCAAGCAGCAAGCUCUCGACACAACGGCGCCGGCAGUCGAGGGAAAUACUGAAGCUUCCCCUGUUGCAUCGAGAAGAGCGGAUGUUCUGAAUCCGCUCUCCGGGGGCCAAGACACCCAACCCAAACAAGCGUCUGCUUUUGAAUACCCAGCGUACUGGUCUCUGGAAAAAUGGGCUGGUUCGCCGUCUCGAGGGGAUUCGACUCCAGCUAAGAAGAAGCCUGAGAAGGCAAACGCCACGGAGCCUUCGGAGAAUAACACCGAGUUGAACACCGGCCAGGGAGAACACGUGGGACUACCGGCGAAGCAAGGCUUCUCCAAGCCCGCCGGCCAUCUCUUUGGCAUCGCAUCGACAAACGGGAACAGGCUGGAGAGCAAACUGGCCCAGGUGUUAGAGGGGGAGAUGCUGAAGAAAGACAUUUCAGACGCUCCUCCCAGUAAAAAGUUGGACGGGAUGGUUGCGUCGAUUCUCACGGGCCAGUGUGCGACGGGAGGCGACAAGUUUGAGAAGAAAACGAACGGAACCAAAGAGGAGUUGCCCCCCAAAGCAAAAGCUGCCGCCGUCAAACAAAAGAAAACGAGUCCUAAGAAGCCGGCGAAGGAGAAGUCGCCACCGGACUCCUCGAAGAAGGCUGCAGGAAAGAAGAAGCGAGAUGUAGAAGACCUUCUGACCAAAGUAUCUUGUCAAAAGAAGCAGAAGAAACAAUGUGCACCUGUGCAGGAGCGGAGUCCAUCGGCGGGGAAAGUUUCUCCACCGAGUAAAGCGCCGACUCCGAGGGACAAAAUCAGUCCCAACAAGGUUGAGCAAUCAGCCCGCAGCACAUCUGACAGCAGCAGCAGUGCUCUGGAGCCUCCUGAGCCUCUCGGCCGCUCUGCUACGUCCAGUAAGGAGACCGACGCCACAGGGAGCCGCAUCCCGAGACUGAGGAGAGGACGGCGGCGAGCCGAUGAGGCUCGACUCGACCUCUGGGGCUUCGCAACGCCUUCCCCGCCACCCCCGCAAAUACCUCCUCCCCCAGUUUCCCCGUCACCCCCCAUGAUUUCCACCCAACCGACCCGCCGGCCGAGAGGCAGACCCCGCUCAACCCCCCUGCCGGAACGGGCGACUCAGGGAAAGGGCCAGGCAGCCGGCGCAGAGGGGGAAACGCCUGCUCCGAAGAAACGGCGGCGGUGUCGGAGCAAAAAGUAUCAGACCGGGGACUACAUCACGGAGAAGGACAAGCUGGAAGAUGGAGAGCACCUCGAAGAAGCUGGUUCCCUGAGACGGGACAGCGGAGUCCCAGCGGAUCCACAGGCGGAUGAGUGUUCAAGUCCCACCUCCUGCAGUCCGGGGCCUCCUCCCAAGAGACCCUCGUUCACUCGCUCCGGGUCGGUCCGCUACCAGGAGAGCGAUGUAUCUCCGGAGUGCAAUGACAAGCCUUCAGGGAAGAGGAAGUUCAAAAGCAAGCACCUCAGUGACAACGAUGAGCCGAAGAUUAAGACCAAACGCAGCGGCUCGGGGAAGCGUGCUGCCCCCGUUGCCCUGGAAAAUGAUUGUGCUGAUGUAAAAAAAACAGAAAGCCUCCCAUCCGCUCCAAAAAGUUUGCCAUCAACUCCACCCAAUAAGAAAGGCUCAUCGGGGAAAAUCAGCAGCUCAGAGUCUCCGCCCAAAAGGCCGGUUCCUCCGGAGGUCCGGCGGCUGAUUGUCAAUAAAAAUGCCGGGGAGACUUUACUGCAGCGCGCUGCCCGCUUGGGCUAUCAGGAUGUGGUCCAGUACUGUCUCGAAAAGGACAUCAGCGAGGUCAAUCGCCGCGAUAACGCCGGGUACACGGCGCUCCACGAAGCGUCCUCUCGAGGCUGGACUCAGAUUGUCCAGAUGCUGCUGAGGCACGGCGCUGACGUCAACUGCAGCGCCCAGGAUGGGACGCGGCCUCUUCACGAUGCCGUGGCCAGUGAUAACCUGCCCAUAGUCUGGCUGCUUCUGAACCACGGGGCGGACCCGACGCUGGCCACCUACUCCGGACACACUCCGGUCAAACUGGCACACAGCCCGGGCAUGAAGACCUUCCUCACAGAAUACUUCACAGACCUGGAAGGACGUAAAGAGCAGGAUCUCGGCUCGCCCUGGGAUUUCUACAGCAGCUCCCUGUUUGAGACCGACCAGGAGCCGUGCUGGGACUUCCUGCUGUCUGAGCAGGACCGGGAGCUGGAGGAGGAUGCAACAGGAAAGACGGAGACGGACUCGGGCAAAGAUUGCCUUCUGUUUGAGUUCUCCUCCGAGCCUCUCUUACCCUGCUAUCAUGUCCAGGUGUCAUUAACCCAGGGCUUCUGCAACUGGUUGCUCCUGACCGACGUCGUCAAGCGCCUGAAGAUGUCGCCGAGGAUCUUCCGGGCGCGUUACCCGCACUUGGAGGUGGUGAGUCUGCCGCGGGCUGAGCUCCUGAAGCAGGUGUCGAUCAGCCAGGUGAGCGCCACUUUGGCCUCACCUCACAAAGGCAAGAACAACAACGAGGAGGAGGAGGAGGAAGAGAAGGAAGAAGGAGAGGCGGGACUUGUGGAUCUGGUGCGAUGUACACCAGAGCUCCAGAGACUACUGGGAUCCUCCAUUGACAUCCUGCAGGAGGAGGAGGAGGAGGACGAGGACGAGGAAGAGACACUGAGAAACACGGGGAAGCCUCGCAGUCGAUAGCCUCUCUUUCGCCGUGCAGACCGUCGUCAACCCAAGUCCUUCCCUGCAAGCAGCAGCUCAAAGGAAACCUCUCCGUCCAAUGGACCGAGGGUCGUGGGUUUGAACUCCAGCGACAGUAAUGACACUCCACCUAUAACCUUUGACCUCAGACCGAAGGUGAUGAAGUCAUCACAAGGACCUGCACACGGGAGUGGUCGGUGCUGUAAAGCAGCUUUCAGGUUUCUAUCUAUAGGUAUAUUUGAAUACAUGAGAACUAUUGAGCAAACCUUUUGUAUUGGUUAUGUGUGUACAUGGUAGUGUGUAUAUGUGUUAUCUUGCCAUCAGGGUUCAAACAUUUGGUUCUAUAAAUGUAUUCUUGUGGCAAAAGGACAAAUUAUGUUUAGGGCUUUUUGUUUGAGUUUGUACCCGAGGGAAAGCGGUAUUUUUUUCGUCGGGAGCUCAAGACUUUUAUCUUGGUGGACUGUUUGCGUGAAGCUAAGACGCUUAAGUCAGGGAGGCCUCUGGCCCGGAUGGUUCUGGUUCUGUCAACCUGGGAGACCUGGAGACCUGCAGAGAAGAGACCACGGCACAUCAUAUUCCAAUGUAAUCGGAGCUUAGUUUCUAUUCUUCUCCUCUUGUUUUGUUGUUUUAACUUCAUCAUCCUCGGUACUGGACACACCUGGUAGUUUACGACGUUUAUUUCCCCUCCACAUUUCCCAAAGUGAGCGUGGGCCGCACCGAGCUGCUCCCAACAUCAAAUCACGUCUUUUUGGACCUUGGGAUGGAGAGUUUGUUUCCAGAGCUGGACAGAUAGUAGUGUUCUCCACUCCCCAGGUUGCAGUCCUCCUGAACUGACACAGAAUCAUGUGGAACUCUCUCAGAGGAAAAGUCGUCCCAUCUCUGGAGUCCCGAGGCUGCUCCUGUGUCCGAGAGGCGAGACGCCCUCUGAACUGCAGCCACGUCCCAAUAUGAGAUCCCAGAGUGCUUUGUGUUGCAGUGUUUUAUUUACACUGUUUGUUGUGCUUAAUUUAAUAGUCAUUAAUAUAUUUGACCUCUUGUGUAUCUGACAAGCCUAUCUAUGAAAAAAAAAUUGCUUUGUACGGUUGGUGCUUAAUUUUGAAAUGUACUUCUUAGGAUCCCUUUAUUCUGACUAUUUUCUCCCUCAUUCAAGAACAGUAUUUAAAAAAAAAAAAAAAAAAAAAGCUAAAGUACAGUUUUAUUGUACUGGUGCUAAAACUGAUUUUGUGUUGACAAUCAAUGAUGUUUUGGUUUGAAGUCACAAACUAAUAAAAGAUAUUUAAGAUGAAGAGACUUGAGGUGUAAAGUAUAGUUUAGUUAAAGAAAACGGGAAACGGCACAGCUAAGCAGUGUGGGAAGAGCCUUUUAUUUGAUUCUUUUAUAAGAAAUCAACAAGAAUAAAGCAUGAUUGUGAAUCAUAGUUAUUUACUCUUUGUUUUGUCAGUUGGAUUGUUAUAAUGAUAGCUCAAUUGAAUAUUCAGGGACAAACUCCCUCAGGCGUAUUUCAAAUGAUCCGUUUUGGUAUCACAUUUUACUGGAUAAAUGUCUUCAUUUCUUUCUUUUAAUUACAGAUAAUUUGCCCCUCAGAGAAAUCUUGUAAGAAGAACCAUUAAAUAAAUCUGCUCUGUAUCUGAGGAAAACCUUUUUCACAUUCAAACCCAAAUAAGCUUUCUCUCCCAGCAGUGUUGGCAGCUGGGAUUCAGCACCAUGAGUGGGAACCAUGAGUGGGCGUCCCGGGGGGGGAAGUGGUCGAGGGUGCAUAUCCCGUUAUCGCGACGCCGCUGGUUCAAUUCUAUGGUUCCCGUUGACAUACUUAGCCCCUUUUACUCCCUCCCCAUGUUACCUGUCUGUUGUUUCCGCUGUCAAGCUUUUGAAUAAAGGUGAAAAUGGCACAAAAAUGUA